UUCACUGAGAUAGCCAUGACCAGCUGCAAGUAUAACGGAGGGGUGGUGAGACCCCUCAGCAGCCUCGGCACCUCGCACAGGAACCUUCAUGAUCUGGACUCAGAGACUCAGCCUCUACAGACCAACUCGGGCCUGGAGGUGGUAGUCUCCAAACCAGACCAGAACAACAUCUCCAAUGACAGUUUGGUCAACGAAGGAAGAAAAUCGCCCAAAAAGUCGCAGAAUAUCGGCCAUAAGCUGGGACAUAGGAGGGCCCUGUUUGAGAAAAGGAAACGCCUGAGCGACUAUGCACUGAUAUUUGGAAUGUUUGGGAUUGUUGUUAUGGUGACAGAAACAGAAUUGUCAUGGGGAGUUUAUACCAAGGCGUCUCUGUAUUCCCUCGCACUCAAAUGCCUUAUCAGCCUCUCCACUGUAAUAUUACUGGGUCUCAUUGUUGUGUAUCAUGCUCGAGAGAUUCAGCUCUUCAUGGUUGACAAUGGAGCUGAUGAUUGGAGAAUAGCCAUGACAUAUGAAAGGAUAUUUUUCAUCUGCCUGGAGCUGCUGGUGUGUGCAAUCCACCCAAUCCCUGGGCAGUAUAUCUUCACAUGGACUGCACGUCUCGCCUUCACUUAUGCGACAUCAAUGGCCAAUGCAGACGUAGACAUUAUCCUCUCCAUCCCUAUGUUCCUAAGACUCUAUCUGAUUGCCAGGGUGAUGUUGCUCCACAGUAAACUAUUUACGGACGCCUCGUCUCGAAGCAUUGGAGCUCUAAACAAGAUAAACUUCAAUACUCGCUUUGUAAUGAAGACUCUCAUGACAAUUUGUCCAGGGACCGUGCUCCUGGUCUUUAGUAUCUCUUCGUGGAUUAUAGCUGCCUGGACUGUACGCGUGUGUGAAAGAUACCAUGAUAAACAGGAAGUCACCAGCAACUUUUUGGGAGCGAUGUGGCUAAUUUCUAUCACGUUUCUGUCGAUUGGAUAUGGGGAUAUGGUGCCUCAUACAUACUGCGGGAAAGGAGUCUGCCUGCUAACGGGGAUUAUGGGAGCUGGGUGCACAGCGCUUGUGGUCGCUGUGGUUGCACGGAAACUAGAACUCACCAAAGCCGAGAAGCAUGUGCACAACUUCAUGAUGGACACGCAGCUAACAAAGCGGGUAAAAAACACUGCUGCCAAUGUACUCAGGGAAACGUGGCUGAUUUAUAAACACACCAAACUGGUGAAGAAGAUUGACCACGCCAAAGUACGCAAACACCAACGGAAAUUUCUACAAGCCAUUCAUCAAUUAAGAGGUGUUAAAAUGGAGCAGAGGAAAUUAAACGACCAGGCGAAUACACUGGUGGAUCUGGCCAAGACACAGAACGUGAUGUACGACAUCCUGUCAGAACUGCAGGAAAAGAAUGAAGACUUAGAGAAAAGGAUUGUGACGCUGGAGACCAAACUGGACUCACUAACUGUCAGCCUCCAGGCAUUGCCCGGACUGAUCACCCAGGCUGUUGGCCAACAGCAGCGUGACUUCUUUGAGACUCAGAUGCACAGGUUUAAACCGGUCACAUAUAGUUCGGAAAGGUCGUGGACGCCAACGCGAAGGCGUCGAUCGCCAUCGACAGCACCGCAUACAUCUUCUGACAGCAGCUAGGGGCCUUCAGAAGUAGAUGAUCUGAUCUCAC